AACAGGUUGGCCCAGUCUGGACACGCCUACUUUUUAUUCUGCCGACAAGGUGAGCUGUGGUUAAAAGAAGAGCCUCACCUGUACGGACGCUAGCAACCACACACACACACAAAGAACUUUGAGAUGGAUAAGCUGGCCUCGAUGGUGGGAGACAAAGUGGGUGACAUGGUGGAGGACGCAGUGAAGAGCGCCCUGGGUAUAGAGGACAAAGACAAAGACAGAGACAGAGACAAAGGAGGCUUUCUGUCCCUGUUUGGAGGAGAUAAGAAAGACGACAAGCGGGACAAGGACAAGGGAGGCAUGUUCUCGUUUGGUGAUGACAAGAAGAAAGACGAUGACGACAAGGGAGGCUUCUUCUCCAAAAUUUUUGACCGAGACGACGAUGACGACAGGAAGCAGAAGCCAUCAGGCUUUAAAGGAUUGUUCAAUGAGCAGGAAGGCCAGAGGGGAGGAGGAGGAGGAGGGAGUUGGCAAGAAGGAGGAGGAGGAGGAGGACAACAAGGAGUCAAUCUCAGUGAUGGAGAUUUGUUUGAUGAUCUGAUGAGCGUGGCAGAAGAAACAUCCAAAGGAGAUUAAGACGACGAGAACAUCACCAACCUUUGGACCACUUUUCAUCAGAACGGCUGGAAUCCCAGCUGACUGAAAAGAACAUUUGUACUGUCAGGUGGUCUCUGACAGCUCAGCUAGCCUAAACAAUAAACAUUAGUAUUAGUAUUCAGAAAAUAAUGAAUGAAUAAUGGCUGCUUGGCGGUCGACUAUGGUCUAGUCUAUUAUUAGUCAAAGCAUAUUGAAAUACAAGUGAUGUGUAGUAGAACAUUACUUUAAGGCAUUAAUUACAUUACCUUACAUUACAGUACCUUAACACUGAAGUCAGCCAUGGUGUGUCCCAAGUGAAAACAAAAUUCUCCUCCCAUUUUGUGCGGACGUGGUGAGUUUUUGGCUCUUUAAGUUGAGAAUAAAUAAAUUCGAGGCUAAAUGGUUAGCUCUUGAGCUUGUUAGCUUGGCUAGUUAGCGGCUGUCUGAAAUCCCUACAGUGUAAGAGUUGAGCAAAGUGUUGUAAACAAUGAAUAACAGGAGUGUAAAGGUGACUUCAGGCAUUUCAUGUCUAUUUAAUAGUUUUAAUUAGGGGUGUCCGAUAAUUAUCGGCUGGAUAUCAGCAUAAAUAUAUGAUAUCAGUCGACGUCGGUCCCAAUUUUUUUCCCUAAUCAUGAAAACCGAUAUUUAAAAAAAAAUGCUGUAGUUAUCGCACCACAGGAGAUAUGUCAUGUUACAAAUACCCGUAUCGGUUGAUAUCGGUCUCAGAAAUUGAGAGGUGGACAGUCUGGGCUUAUCGGUUUUCGGCAGAAAGGCAAUAUCGGACAUCCCUAUUUGUAAUGUUAAAAAAAUAUAUUUAAAAACUGGUUUCUAUGCUCGAAGUAUGAAAAUAUUCCAUUUAUUACCAUUGAAUCCUGUAUCACUGAAAUUAAUUUAUCACCGUCAGGUCUGGAACCAAUCAACCGCUAUAAAUGAAGGACGGCUGUAGUUUCAUGUGCCCGCCACAGGGUUUCAUAGAUGCUAACUUAGCAUGGAGCUAAGGUAGCUCAGUCAGCUCAGUCAAGAAUGUUUUGUUGAAUCUUGUUUAGACAUCGACAGAUGAGUUUGAAUGACUGCUAUCAUUUUGUAAUUGAUGGAAUUAUAAAUAUAGUGUACACAACUAAAA